AAGCCGAGCUGUCACCUCGCGUUCCAGGGGAAGUGCCGUCUUUUAAUAGAUCAAAUCUGCAAAACUUUGAAUAAACCCCAUUCCAUGAUCACCGCCCACUCACUCAUUUAACCCUUUGUAAUGUAAAACCAAAUGGCAGCAGCAUCGUUUACACUAUCCCCAAAAGUCUCACGGGUUUGCCAAGUCACACCAAACCUCAGACGGGGUUUGCAGGUCAACUUGAUCAGUCUAUCGAUUGAUUGAGAAAGGGCACCCACCCACACCUCCAUCGGCCUGCAUCAUCCGUCCGCUCGCCAAGUCUGUACAAAAAAAAAAAAGAAAAUGGCACCGAUUAGGAAACUCCGCAUCUGGGUCGUAGUACCCCUCGCCAUGCUACUGGUCUUCCUAUGGCACAGGCAAGCCGACGUGGCCAGUGACGCCACGUCGUCGUCGCCACCAUCUGCCGCCCAUAGGGUCUCGGUCGACAUGUUCCACCAGGUCCCCGGCUUGCCCGACGCCGCCAUGUGCCGCAUGCACGGCUGGCGGCCCUACCAGACCCCAGCCUCGGGCCGGAAGAGGAAGGUAUACGACCUCUUCAUGAUCAACACAGAGCUCGAGUGGCUCGAGAUCCGCCUCAACACGUCGUACCACGAAGUCGACCAUUUCAUCGUCGUCGAGGCCCCGCUCACAUUCACUGGCCUUCCCAAACCGCUAAUCAUCAAGGAGAACUGGGAGCGCUUCGCCCCGUACCACGACAAGCUCAUCUACCACGAGCUGCAGUACCCGCCGGGCUACGACCCACCCCGCGCCUGGGACCGCGAGGACCUCCAGCGCGACGCCAUGCUGACGCAGGUCUUUCCAGGCCUCGAGGGCGGCGUGAGCCAGCCGCAGGAUGGCGACGUCAUCAUCGUGGCCGACGUCGACGAGGUGGUUCGGCCCGAGACACUGCGCCUGCUGCGCGCGUGCGCCUUCCCGCGCCGCCUGACCCUCCGCAGCAGGUUCUACUACUACAGCUUUGAGUUUCUGCACCGCGGGCCCGAGUGGGCGCACCCGCAGGCCACCACGUACGCCGGGUCCGUCGACGCCACCAUCAAGCCCACUAACCUGCGCAACGGCGACGGCGGCCUGGGUCCUCUCAUCUACUUUGACAAGGACGACCUGUGGAACGCCGGCUGGCACUGCUCGAGCUGCUACGCCACCAUGAGCGAGGUCUUGACCAAGAUGGCCUCCUUCUCGCACGUCUCGCUGAACCAGGACUUCUUCCGCGAUAGAAAUCGCAUAGCCGACCGCGUGCGCGAGGGCUUGGAUCUGUGGUCCAGGGCGGACCAGAUCUACGACAGGAUCAAGGACAACAAAGACCUGCCUCCGUUUGUGCUCAACCACAAGGAUCGUUUCGUGCACCUGCUCGAUAGGAGUGGCAAGUCGGCGGGCUUUAGCGAUUAUCCCCCGUAAUCCUGGGAUGUUCUGCUUGAUUCUGAUAUUAAAUAAUCGCAUCAAAUUAAUCUAAUAUACCCCCCAAUGCUGAAAACAUAUAGCCCAAAACAUGGAGGAUAGCCUAACUGUUUUGUUUCUCAUUGUGCCAUUGAUUGGGCAGUAUUACUCCGUAAACGGACUCAAUUCACUUCUUAUUCCC